CUAAUUUUUACCAAGCGGCAGGCUUGCGAAUUGUUGACCACACUCUCAUCAUGUCUCUUGUGACGUUGAAGGAUUAAAAAAUAAAGAGGGAUAGAGAGAGAGAAAAGAAAAAUGAACUUUGAGGAGCAAGAAGAAGAAAUGGAGAUGUCAGGUGUUAACCCCGCCGGAGGUUACGACUCUCUGAGCGGCGAGGGAGCAACCUCAAGCGGAGGUGGUGGCGGAGGAAGUAGAAAAAGUGUUGGAGGGUCGAAGAUAAGGUACAGAGAGUGCUUAAAGAAUCAUGCCGUUAACAUCGGCGGCCACGCCGUGGACGGCUGCUGCGAGUUCAUGCCUUCAGGUGAAGAUGGUUCACUCGACGCUCUCAAGUGUGCAGCUUGCGGCUGCCACCGCAACUUCCACCGGAAGGAAACCGAAAUCAUGAGCGGCAGGGCCUACAGGGCUCCAACGUACUACAACCGUCCUCCUCAGCUGCCGCCGCCAGGAUACCUUCAUCUAACGUCUCCGGCGGCGGCAGGGCAGCCUUACAGGCCUACUGCGGCCUCUGGGGACGAGGAGGAUACGUCAAAUCCGAGCAGCAGCGGCGGAACCAGGGCUAAGAGGUUUAGAACGAAGUUCACGGCGGAGCAGAAGGAGAAGAUGUUAGCCUUCGCGGAGAGGUUGGGGUGGAGAAUUCAGAAGCAUGAUGACGCGGCGGUUGAGCAGUUCUGUGCGGAAACUGGUGUUAGGAGACAAGUGCUUAAGAUUUGGAUGCAUAACAACAAGAACUCUCUUGGUAAGAAACCCUAAAUUUUCUUGUAUGAUUUAAGCACAAGAGAUCAUCAUUGCUUCUUUUUUUGUUGUUGUCGGUAAUGACUUUUUUUUUUGUAAGUACUUGUACUUCCGGACAUGAUUUUUUCUUUUAGAUAAUUAAUUAAUCUGCUACUUUGGGACGGUUUAGCCGUUUAGGAGGCAUUGUGAUA